AUGCCGCUGUUUGGGAAAAAAGAUUCCGGCAAAAAGGUGCGCAAGGACGCGAAAGAUGGCUGCGAGAAGCUGCCCAGCAUCGACGAAAAGUACGUUAUCAAGGAGCUGCUUGGCACGGGCGCGUUCUCGGAGGUGCGCCUCUGCGAGCACAAGGAAACGGCCCAGCAGUACGCGGUGAAGAUUAUCGACAAAAAGGCGCUCAAAGGAAAGGAGGACUCGCUGGAAAACGAAAUCCGUGUCCUCAAGCGCUUCAGCAGUGCCCGGCGCAGCGAUGGCACGGGCGUCGGGAUCGUCGGCCCGCUGCCCGGCACGGACAAACCACGCUUUGCGCAUCCCAACAUCGUGCAGCUGCUGGAAACGUUCGAGGACAAAUCGAAGGUUUACCUGAUCAUGGAACUGGUGACAGGCGGUGAACUGUUCGAUCGGAUAGUGGAGAAGGGCUCGUACACGGAGCGGGAUGCCUCCAAUCUUAUCCGGCAGGUGCUGGAGGCGGUCGACUACAUGCACGAGCAGGGCGUCGUGCACCGGGAUCUGAAGCCCGAAAAUCUGCUGUACUACAGCCCGGCCGAGGACAGCAAGAUCAUGAUCAGUGACUUUGGGCUGUCGAAGAUGGAAGACUCCGGCUUCAUGGCGACGGCCUGCGGUACGCCGGGCUACGUGGCGCCCGAGGUGCUGGCGCAGAAACCGUACGGCAAGGCGGUGGACGUGUGGAGCAUAGGCGUCAUAUCCUACAUACUGCUGUGCGGUUAUCCGCCGUUUUACGACGAGAACGACGCGAACCUGUUCGCCCAGAUACUGAAGGGCGAGUUUGAGUUCGAUUCGCCGUACUGGGACGAGAUUAGUGACUCGGCGAAAGACUUUAUCCGCCAGCUGAUGUGCGUGAACGUCGAGCGACGGUUCACGUGCAAGCUGGCGCUGGCGCAUCCCUGGAUUUCGGGCAACGCGGCCAGCAGCAAGAACAUUCACGGCACCGUUUCGGAGCAGCUGAAGAAGAACUUUGCCAAAUCGCGCUGGAAGCAGGCGUACCACGCGGCCACCGUCAUACGGCAGAUGCAACGAAUGGCGCUCAACAGCGGCACGGGCGUCGGAGCGUACGGGCGGAGUGCGUCACGGAUUAGCAAUGCGCCCGAUGCAGGGGCACCGGGGGGCGCCGACGAACAGCAGCAGUCAGUAGGACAAACAGACACCACUGCCUCUAGCAGUAAGUAA